AUGCGGUCCUCGGUCUCUACAGCGACAGUGCCGUCGAAGGAGCCUGUGCCUCGGAGUUUUACUGUCAAGGCGGAGAAGCAGGAAGAGCCAGAAGGCGAGAAUGAACACGACCACUUUUUCUGGACGUACACCGAGGAGCCACACAGAACACGGCGAAUGGCUAUUAUCAAGGCACAUCCAGAGGUAACGAAGCUCUGUGGCCCUGAACCUCUCACGAAAUACGUUGUCCUACUCGUCGUAUCCAUCCAAGUCCUCUGCGCAUACCUUCUCCGCGACACGCCCGUCAUAUCAUGGCCUUUCUUCCUCACCGCAUACAUCAUUGGUGCCACGGCCAACCAGAACCUCUUUCUCGCUAUUCACGAGAUAUCGCACAACCUGGCUUUCCGAUCGCCAUUGGCAAACAGGAUCUUCGCCGUCUUUGCGAACCUGCCAAUUGGCAUUCCAUACAGCGCCUCGUUCAGGCCUUACCAUCUGACUCACCACAAAUCGCUAGGCGUCAAUGGUCUAGACACAGACCUGCCCACUGCUUUCGAAGCCAUCUUCCUCGACUCAGUCGCCGGCAAGGCCUUCUUCGCGACCUUCCAGAUCCUCUUCUACGCUCUCCGACCCAUGUUCGUCUACGCCCUUCCAAUGACCAAGAUCCACCUCUUCAACGUCGUUGUACAACUGGCCUUUGAUUACGCACUCGUCCGAUAUGCAGGAGGGAGGGCACUGGGAUACCUGAUCAUGAGCAGCUUCCUCGCCGGAUCCCUACACCCCUGCGCUGGCCAUUUCAUCGCCGAACACUACGUUUUCGAGAAGCCCAACAAAGACGCAUCGAAUCCUGCCAACAAGAUCCCCCUCCCCGAGACGUACUCAUACUACGGACCCCUCAACUUCUUUACCUACAACGUCGGCUUGCACAACGAGCACCACGACUUCCCUGCCAUUCCCUGGACGCGCCUCCAUGCGUUGAACCGUAUCGCGCACGACUUUUACAAAGACCUACCGCAACACAAGAGCUGGGUGUACGUUCUGUGGCAGUUCAUCUGGGACAAGGAUAUCAGCCUUUGGUGUAGGGUCAAGAGAGAGGAGGGCGGACGCAAGGUUGGUGCCGGAUGUGGAUGGAACGAGGAAGAGCUGGGCUCGAACGAGAAGAAGGGCCCCAUUCCUGGUGUCUUAUAA